AUCCGCGUCGGCCAGGCAAUUUCGAGCGUCAGCGAGAUGAUCUGCGUUAACAAGCAGAUCCCAGGCAAAACACUUCGCAAUUCCAGAUAGAGAUGGGGACAAAGAGGGCGAAACCGCCUCGGCGAAAAACAUUGCGCAGAGCGCCGUCGUUCACCAGAUUCACGCGCCGAACGGCCAAUCGAGCGCGAUCGACGUCACGGAAAUAUCUCCUGCACGUGAGUGGACGAGUUCUCGGAUCAGGAUCGCUAAGUGCUGAUCCGGGACGUCCUAGCCGGCGUACCCUGCUUAGCGGGGCCAUUGUCUGGCGGCUGAACUGUACCAAGGACGACUACAUGAUAUAAGGUUUGGCUACCAGAUACAACAGUGAUGGGCGGACGAAGGAACUCGGGGAAGGAAGGUAGCCGAGCGAAGUGUUAGUUUCAAAUUAAUUUCAAUCGCAUUGUUGAGAAUUGACCGUAGGAUACGAACACGAAUUUCAAUCGACCUAGGAUGA